AUGAAUAAGAAGAUUCUCAAUGGAAGGACUCUAACUGCUUCUAUUGCUGCUGAUAAUGGACGUGCUCCAGAGUUUAUUCGGAAGUGCGUGUACAAUACUGAGACUGCUUUGUGUUAUGAGUGUGGGGGGCAUGGUCAUUUGUCGUAUGAGUGUCCUAAGAAUCAGUUGGGGUCGAGGCCACGGCCUCAGCCUAAGAAGCCUCGACGGGGAUUUAGUGGGCUGAGGGAUAGGGAUGGGGAGGAGGAAGGUGAUGAGGAGGAGGAGGAGGGUGGUCAGAUUGCUGCGGAGAAGUUUGACGAUAAUUGGGCUUCUGUUGUGGAUGAUGUAGCGGGUGAAAGGUUGCUGGGGAGAAACAGAAAUGAUGAUGACGGUUUGGACAACAACAAGACGAAGAAGAAAGGGAAGAAAGCUGGGUAUUUCAGUGAUGAGAGUGAUCAUGACAAUGAUGAUUGA